AUAUCUCUAAAAUGCAUCUGGAAAAACUAACACAAUUUGGAUUACACCGCAUUUAUACAUCAAAUCUGUGGAAUUGACAGAGUUGUCAAUUAGUUUUAAAUUAAAGUGUUUCAUUUACGUUUCGUAGCGCGUUUUUAUGUGUAGCAUCAUCAAAUCAACGACAUAGCAGCAACAGCAGCAGCAGCAGAAACAACAACAACAACAACAACAACGACAACGGGCACAUCUAACGCUGCAGCUAACAGAUGAGCCCCAACAACAGAUGUCAAUUGCUGCAGCCGAAAAUGCAGGGCUUAGCCCAAGUGACUUACCAGAUCAUUGGGCCUCAGGUACAGCAACAACAAACGGAGCAGCAACAGCAACUGGCAACAGCAACAAACACAUUGGCAGCAACAGCUACAGCAACAACAACAACAACACAUCUGUUUGCAAUCUGCCGCGCUCAUCACCGGCCGCUGCGACCGCAGCAGUUACAAUACAAACCGCUGGCGGUAACGUGGUAACCGGGCCGGGUCCGUUGCCAGCACCGGUGGCUCAGCUGCAGCACGGUUUGGCGCCCAGUACGCCAUUGCAGCGCGCAACGGCUGCUAGCGGUGGUGCUGGUGGUGGUGUUGCUGGUGCUGCAGGCGUAACGCCCUCACCAGCACUAGUUGCCGCUGCCAGCAACUUGCAGCAACAGCAGCAGCUACAGCAACAGCAACAGCUCCUCUAUCAGCAGCAGCAGCAGCAGCUACAGCAGCAACUCAACUCGCACCAUUCACACCAGAGCAAAUCUUCAACAGCUGCUACCGCAGCGGUGCAUAUUACAGCUGCGCUCCAGCGCUCCGCCGUCAUCAUGAAUGCGGUGGCAUCGCCGAUUCCAGCUAACUCAGCGAACCCGGCACGCAAGAUCCGCCGUAAGACGGACACUAAAGUUAAUUUGCCCCAAUCGCAAAUAAACAAAUGCAACAAUGAGAAACGCCGGCGUGAAAUGGAGAACAAUUAUAUUGAGCAGCUCUCCGAGUUUCUGCAGCUCAACAAACGUGGAGAUAUGACCUCAACGAAACCGGAUAAAGCGGCAAUAUUAAAUCAAGUGGUUCGAACGUAUCGUGAUAUUUUUGACAAAGGCCAAAGCCGUGAUAUAUCCUCAACAUCUACAAAUAACAACAAUUCUUCAACAACGACCAACAACAACAACAAUAAUAAUAACAAUAAUAAUAAUAACAACAACAACAAUAAUAAACCACAAACAACCUCAACGCGUUGUACGCGCUGCGCCACAGACAACUGCUCGAUCCACCCUGUGCAACAGGGUGAAGUAUCCUCGACAGAGCCACCGCUGCCGGAGCCCUCGUUGCUGAACGGCCAAGUGCCCGAGAUAUCGGCAUACUUCGAGGCGCUCGAGCACUACAUCAGCUCGGUGGGUUGGGUGCUGCUGCAGGUGAACGCGAACGGCAUCAUUGAGUCCUGCACUCAGAAUAUACGCGAACUGAUCGGCUAUGAGAAGCAGGAGCUUUUCCACCAGCCGCUCUACAUGUACCUGCAUGCGGGGGAUCACGCCAAGCUGGAGCCGAUCAUAAACAAUAUGUACAGCAACAGUGGAGGCGGUGGUGGCCGCGUCGGCGUGGUUGGCGUUCCAGGUGGUGCGGCGGGCAGUUCGGGCGGCAAUGCGGCUGGCGGCGGUUGGAGCGAUCUCGAUGAGCUGAACAACGGUAAUGCCUCACAGCAGUCGGCGGGCUCUAAUUCCAGCUCGAAUGCCGGCACUGGCCAUGGCCAUGGCCAUGGCGGUGGAGCGGGCAAAUCUAAGCGCAGCAUCUCCACUAAGGUGCGCAUGCUAGUCAAGGACACGCGACCGGCCACACAGACCUCCUCAUCAUCGUCGGCAAACUGCGAUGGCAUGGACCAGAAGCCACUAAGGCAUUCCGGGCAGCCGGAGAAGUACGAAGAGGUCGUCUUAAUAGCAGCGCCAGUCAAGGAUGAUGCGGAUGCCAGCAGCUCGGUGUUGUGCCUGAUCACACGGCCUGAGGAUGAGUCGCCACUGGAGAUCAACAUGCAGCAGCAUGUACACCAGCAGCCCAUCGAGCAGAUGACCUUCAAGCUGGACGUGCACGGGAAAAUACUCAACUUGGAUGCGGCGGCACUGCGCGAGCCCUUCAAGCAACAUCUGCAGACGUGGGUGGGUCGUCUAUGGCAGGAUCUGUGUCAUCCGCACGACUUGUCGACGCUUAAGGCGCAUCUGCGCGACAUCCAGGACUCAGUGGCGGUGCAUUCGCCAGGCAGCUCCGCAUCUGGUGGAGCCGCCAUAUCGAAUGUGAUAUCGCGUCCGUUUCGCCUGCGCCUGGGUGCGCCCGAUGUCUACAUGCACGUGAAGGCCAAUUCGAGACUGUUUCCCACUCAGACGCCCGGCGACAAUGACUUCAUCAUGUCCGUGCAGACGCUGCUCAACUCGGAGAACGAUAUGAACAGCAACAACACGGGCGCGGGAACGGGAACGGGACCGGGCACGGCCACGAGCAGCGGCAGUGGGAGCGUGAGCGGCAGCAGCAUUGCCAGCAAUGUCUCCAUGGGUCUGAGUCAGGUGUGCGCCAUGUUGCCGGGCGCCUCGUUGGCCAGCUCGCUGGUCAAUACGCUCAGCAUGGACACCCUGUCCACCGGCAGCUCCUCCAACUCCAACAUGCUGCCCACACAUCUGCUGGGCGGUCUUGUGGGCGGCGGUGGUCAGCACAACAACAACAGCAACGGUAACAGCAACAGCGGCACACAGAGCACCACAAAUGUGGGUGGACCGUUGAUGAGUUCGGCCAUCAUUAACGGCGGUGGGCUGCCCCAGCGUCUGGGGGGGAACAGCGCCUCCUCGGCCAACUCCUCGGCAGCGCAACUGGUGAAUGCCUUCACAGCCUCGCCAGCGCCCGUGGAGCAUUCGUUCUAUGGCAGCGAUACGUUCGAGUUUGAUAUUGCACAUUCCUCCUUUGAUAUGGAUCCCAGCGGUGGCGUCGGCCCGUGGUCCGACUCGCGUCCCAAUUCACGCGCUUCGGUGGCCACGCCCGUGAGCACGCCGCGCCCGCCCUCCGGACAUGGCUUCAGUCCGGCUGUCUGCGCCUCGCCUGCCACGCCCUAUCAGCUAUCCUCGCAUUCGGCGGCCAGUUUGCCCUCGCCGCAGUCAAAUGCGAGCGCCGGUGCCGGCGGCAGCAACUACGGCUUUAACUUUCACUACGAGCCCACGGACAGCAAACCGGAUAAGGAGCAGCAGCAGCAACAGCCGGGUAGCAACAACAACAUGCCCAAUGGCGUGAGUGGAUUGCUGGUAACACAACAGCAACAACAGCAGCAGCAGCAGCAGCAACCGACGCCGCCGUUGCAGGAAAGCUCGGAGCGACUGCGUCAUUUGCUGACCAAAUCGCAGAGCAUGGCAAGCGGUUUGGGCUUGGGUGAAGAGGAUAAGUACUUUAAGCAGGAGUGCACCGAGGAGGAGAAGCUCAAUGUGGGCGCUGCCGGCAGCUUUAAGCUGGGCAAUCCGCCACCACACGCCGCUCUCUUUGGACCCAUGGGGCGUGGCGGCGCUGCCAACGCUGCGCUGCUGCAGAAGGCGGGCAACUCACAGAAUCCGAUGCUGCUCAAGCUGCUGAAUGAGAAAACGGAGGAGGAUGAUGGCAGCAAUACUGGCGCAGGCAGCGGAGGUCCUGGCGGCAUGAACAAUGCGCGCCAGAGUGAACUGAUGCGUCAGUUGCAGAAGGACGAUGGGCCAGGACAUGGCAUGCUGGGUGGCGGGAGCGGCGGCGGUGCUGGCGCCAACAGCAACAACAUGAGCAACGAGGAUCUCAAGCGCAUGCUCAAAAUUCAGAGCGAUCCGGCUAUGAGCCGCAAGCGUUCCCUUAACGAGCCCGACGACGACAUCUCGGCCAAGCGCUCCGAGGAUAAGCCCAGCAAACUUUGCUCGCAGAACAAGAUGUUGGCGAAGUUGCUGCAGAAUCCUCCGAAGCUGCCGAAGGCGCCCAAUCCCGAGCAGCCACUGCAGGUGAAGACGCUGCCGGACAUCACCAGCUCCUCCGGCAGCGGUCCGUCGCUCUCUGCGCCCGGCAAUCUCAUUAGUGCCGGCAGUACGGGUCCCAAGGCAGCAGCAGCCGCUGCCAGCAAUCGUGCACGCAAGCAGCAGCAACAAUUGCAGCAACAGCAACAACAGCAGCAACAGCAGCAGCAGCAGCAACAACAGCAGCAGCAACAGCAGCAGGCGACGCAGCAGCAGCAGCAGCAGCAAAACGAAGUCUACCUCAGCCAGCAGCAGCAACAGCAGCUGGCCUACCAACAGCAGCAACAGCAACUGGCGACCACAGCAACUACCUCAAUUACCACAGCGGCCUCCACUUCGUCAGCUGCAGCUGCUGCGGCAGCCGCCGACUCAGAGCUCUCCAAGCUGCUGGACAGCGUCAUGGAUUAUUACACGGACGACACGCCCAUUGUGCCGGCAGCGCCUUCGGAGGCAUCGGCCAUAAGCGAUAUACAAAAGUCGCUUAUGCUCGAUGUCGAGUCGGCGGCCUUUGGGCAUGUGAUGAACCAGCAAUUGCUGAUGUCACAGCAGCAGCAACAUCAGCAGCAAUUGCUUGUGCAGCAACAACAGCAGCAGCACCAGCGUCAGCAACACAUGCAACAACCACCUGCUUAUCCAGGUAUGCUGGGCAUGCAGCAGCAGCAACAAAGCCAACAGCAGCAACAGCAGCAGCUACUGCGACAGCAACAAAUGAUGGAAGCCAUUCGCAGCAAUCAGGUGUUCCAACGCCCACCGCCCAUGUAUCCAGUGCGUGGGCGUGGCCCCAUGAAUGCCGUAGCCACGCCCAGCGGAAAUGUGGUGUUGCCCCAUCAGCAAAUACGCAACAUGCGGCAACAACAUCAGCUGGCGGCGCAGCAACAAAAGGAACGGCUGCUCCAACAACAGCAGAAGCAACAGUUGCUGGUUCCCGAAAAUGCCACUGGCAUCAAUGCGGGCAUCAACAACAUCAACUCGCUGAUGAACACAACGGUGGCGCCCAACGUUUCCCUCUCACGCACCAAUCUACCCGCGGAUGCGCAACUGAGUCCCAACUUUGCGCAGACGCUAAUGCUGAGUCCUGGACGCAGUGCGCCCUACAGCCCGCAGCCCAAUCAAGGCUAUGGUCCGCAAUUUCCUCAGAGCGGGCAACGAUUGUCGCCGCAACAGCAGCAGCAAGCGAACUCCCAGCAGCAACAGCAGCUGGCAUAUUUGCAGCAGCAGCAACAACAGCAGCAGCAGCAGCAGCAACAGGGAGAUGGAGUGCGAUCCAACACACCUUUUGGCAGUGGGUCGGGCAUGCAGUCGCCAGGGAUGCAAAACAGUCCACAGCAAUGGCCCAGCUCGGCUGGUGGUGCUGGCAAUAGUGUUGCCGCUGUGGCCGGUGGUGGCGGCGGUGUCGGCGGUGGUGUUGGUGGUGCAGGCAGUGGACCUGGCGGACCGCUGCCGACCGGCAACGCGGCUCGCUCACUGCAGCAGCACAAUAAUCCAUUGCUCAUUGCGCAGCUGCAGAGCAACUACACUGCUCGUCAAUACCAGCAGAGCCAGCAGCGACGCGGCCUCAACUCCCCAGGCGCCGUCGGACCCGUGGGCAACAAUGCGGCCGCCUUGCAGCGACAGAACUCGUUUCAAAACGCCGGCGCAGGCGCCACAACGCCCGACGGCAGCGGCAGCGGCAACGUAGGCUUUGGUGGAGCUGGACCCCAAUCCCCCUACGGCAAUGCGGGUGGCAAUACCUUCCAGCAGCAGCAGCAGCAGCUGCAGCGACUCCAGCGACAAGGCAGCGUGCCCCAAGCCACGCAGCAUUUGCCAGGCUCGCCGCGCUUCGGUUUGUCGCCUGGCAACAACAGCCACAGCCACAGUCACAGCCACAGCAGCACCAACAACAGCCACAACAAUCACAAUGAUAGCGCCGCCGCCGCCGCUUCCCAGCAACAGCAGCAACAACAGCAGCAGCAGCAACACCAGCAGCAACAACUUAUGAAUGGCAUGAGCAUGUCGCCCCAUCAGCAUCCGGCCAUGAUGGGUGUAAACGGCAUGGGCAGCGGCGGCGGCGGCGGUGGCGGCGUCAAUGGCAUCAUAGGCCUAGGAGGUGGAGGUGGCAAUAGCGGACCAGGCGGGGGGAAUGCCUAUGCAGCCCUCGCGGGCUAUGGCCAGGCAGCAGCACAGCAGCCGCAAACUGUGAAUGAUUUCUAUGGUCGAGCGCAGACCGCUGGCGGCGGCGCAGGCGGCAAUGCCAAUUCGGAGUUUGUCAAGCAGGAGCUGAGGGCUGUGGUGAGCGUGCGGGCGCAGCAGGCGGCAGCAGCUGCCACUGGGGGCGGUGGUGUUGGCGUGGGCGUGGCACAGCGUGGACAGACACCCCAAAGUCCGCUGCAACAGGGACCAAUGAUUGGAGGCGGCGGCGGCGGCGGCGGCGGUGCUGGAAGUAGUACAAAUGUUAUGGGCAAUGUCACGCCCACGGGUCUGGGAGGAGGCGGUGCGGGCAGCGGCAAUUCCAUGCUCAAUACACCGCCAGAUCCAACGCUGGGCUUUAGCUUCGAUACGCCGGAUUUCUUUACAAGCAGCGCCACAAGGUGACCCUAAGGCGUCGAAAGUACUCAAGGAACUUCUAGCCACAACGACAAAACUAAGAUAUAUUCAAAAUAAUGUUCUUCAAACGCAUUUAAAGCAACAUGUUGCUGCAUUUGGUAGCAUGCAACAUUCACUUGCAACAGAGCGCACGGUCAAGCAUUGUGGAUAAUUUGACAUAUUUAUGUUAGCUGCACUGUAACAUAAGCCAAAAUGUUAAUUAAACAACAACAACUACAGCGUGCAUACAAAAAUAUGUAUUCACAUAUAUUUAUUAUUAAAACAAAUUAGCAAAUAUUAAAUGUAAUGCAUAAAAUGGGAACCUCGUAUAAAACACAGCAAACAUUUAUCGAUACGUAUAGUAAAAUAUUUUGAAACAAUUGCUGCUAAAUUAUACAAAAAAGAAGAAAAAUAGAUUAAACACGAAAA